UGUACGAAAUGUGUCGAGGGAGGUUCAGAAAUGGCGAAGAGCCAAAAUCCAUUCCGAUUCCGAGGAGGUCACCCAGAUUCGCUAAUGGAAGACUUGCCUGCGUAGUAAAUGCUUACAACUUAAAACCCUCUCCAAGGAAAACGCAGAGCCAAGGCCGGAAAACCUCGAAGAAAGAGGGGAAAACUGUGGAGUCAAAAAGUUUGAUAAAAUCCAGUGGAAAGUCCAGAAUGACUUCGAGAUCGAAGGGUGGAGCAAGAUUUAAUGCCUCUGAAAUGCAGAAUCCGUGCGUGGUAGAGAGGAGGGUAACGAGGAGUACGAUUCGAGGAAUUGGAAGUUCAAAUAGUGGUGACAAUGUGUGCCCUAGGAGAGAGACUCGGUCGAACAAUUCAACGAAGUCAAAGGCAAAUUCGAGGAGACCUGAAAGGUUACGCGGCGGCGCCUGUCCAGGAAAUGCUGAAAUUUUCCAGGAUUUGAAGCAGCAGCAAUGUGUGAUUGAGAAACGAGUGACUCGUAGUUCGAUUCGCGGAAACAAUCUGAUUGGUGAAUUCGAUUCUUCAGAUAGUGUUAGGGCUUCACCAAACGCCACCGAUGCUUUAGUUUCCGGCGAUUUCUGUAAGCAAGAGAGGGGCGACAGCAUUAUCGAGCCUAGGGUUACUCGUUUCUCAAAUCGAAGAAAAUCAACGCCAUUGAUUCGUAAUGAUUUCAACAUUCAAGAGUGUGGCAGCGCUGAGGAGGAAAAUGUGGAUACGGAAAGCAAAAAUAAAGGAAAGGUCGGUGAGAAGAGAAAGAGAUGCGAAGAUGAGGAUAAACGCGACACUGCUGCAAAAUGGACAGAGGAACAAGAAUUGGCUUUGCAGAGGGGAUACUUCACGAUAAAGCCGACGCCUCAUUUCUGGAAGAAAGUAGCCAGGAUGGUGCCCGGAAAAUCCGCGGAAGAAUGUUUCAACAAAAUCCAUUCGGACCACUUAACUCCAUCUCAGCAACACCGGAUUCGUUCUAGGGUGAAGAAGACAAAGCCAUUGUCGCCGGUCUUGUUCUCUGCUAGUAAGGUACUGUGCCCUCCUGCCGAGACAAAAGCUAAAAAGAAUAAAUGCAGCCAGAGAAGGAAGAAGCUGAGGGCGCAGAAAACUGUAAGGCAGCUCUUGCAUAAGCAGCAAAAGGAGGACAAAAAUCACAAAGCGGAUUUCUUUGCUGUUCUUGAAGACACAUCACCUCUUGACUUCAAAUAUUCUUCUGUAUUUGCUUCACCAUCAGAAAAAGGAUCAGGCAUUCUUGCAAGGUGUCAAGAGAGAUCUUCAUCAGCCUCCAAGAAGCAGCAGUCGAGAAUAAAUGGCGCGCAGAAAUCAGCAUUCCUUAGCCCCCCAGUUCUGAAGCAGAUCAAGAACAGGGCCCUGCACGAGAAAUACAUAGAUCAGCUGCAUACACGGGACGCCAAGCGAAAGGCUGAGUCGUUGAGGAAUUCCAAGUGCAGUCGGGGCAACGAUGACAGCGAUUCAAAACUGAAAUCCAUUAAAUCUGCUAAAGAUAUGCUGAUUUUCAAUGCCCAAGAUGCUUUCAAUUGCUUGCGGAGAUUGCCUGAAAGCACGGAUGAUGAUGAUGAUGACGACGACGACAAUGAUGGUGUAAGUUGUGAGGAGGAUGAGGAUGAAGAUGACCUUAGCUGAAUCUUUUACUUUGGUAGUGAUUACAAUUACAUUACACCCACCACCAUGGAUCAUUUUAAUGUUGUUGGUUUAAAAGACUAGUUUGUAUGGUUUUAAUCGGACACAUAUCUACCAAAUGUGCAUUGGAGAAUUUCAUUUUAAAUAAUGUAGUAGUAGUAAAUUGUAACCCAUGACAAAAGACGUCAGUUCAAUAUUAUGCUGAUAAUACAGUAAUA